AUGACCAAGGUUGAGGUCUCACACACCGACGAUGAGCCCUCCAAACGCCGCAAACGCAGAAAUAUUGGCACCUUCCCUUGCUCGGAGUGCUCCAAGGUAUUCACCAGAUCCGACCAUCUAGCACGUCACUACUUGAACCACCAGCCCAAGGAGGUAUAUGUUUGUGACCAUAUCAUUAAGAACCACAAUGGCGAGCGACGCAAGUGUGGCAAGACGUUCGUGCGUAAGGACUUGCGAGAGCGACACCUAAAGCGUCACUUGAUGCUUCAAGACAGCAUCAGGCCAGAAGAUGACGACGAGAAGCCACUGCCUUCAACCGACUCGUCGCUGGUCGGCGCAGAUGUCAAGGGUGCUGUGCUGCCGCUGAUGCCUCUAGGAAGUGUCAAUUCUGGACACACCACCCAUAGUCCUUCGGGCGCAUUGCUUGCUCCCAAUAUUUCUGGUGAUAUGCUUAGAGGCUCUCCCAGGUUAGUGGCACCACAAGAAAGUAGUCAGCCUUCAGUUCAAGGUGUUCAACAGCAUCAAGCUUCAAUUCCUGCUGUGCCUCAGGUAUCGGUGAUUUCGAAUCACCAAGCUAUUCAAUCUGCCACCCAGAUGUCUCAUCUGAUUGGGAAUCAAGUGCCCGGCCACAUAACCCAUUCAAAUUCUAUACCAUCGCACCCUGGAUCACAUGUGGGAUCACAUGUCGGCUCACUCGUGGGAUCAAAUGUUGGAUCAAAUGUGACCCCGCUUCGUGCUCCCAUCCAGUCUCCAAUGCUGGCCAACCAGACCCAAGGUUCCCACUAUUCUCCGCCAUACCAGCCUCUAAUACCAGCGAUGACAUCCAACUAUCCUGGCCAGUACAUUUACUCGGGAAUGCAGAAUGGAACUCCGCAAUCUAAAGCCUAUUCUGAUGGCCAAGUUAGCACCUCAGGACUUCCUCAAAACUUGCCCAACAAUCAUAAUGUAGGUGAUCAUGGAAACAACGGAGGUCACCACGGUAUUGCGCCAAUCAUGCAGCCAAUGGGAAACAUCGCCGUCUCUCCUAAUAUGCCACAUACUUCCAAAGUGUACAUGAGUUCUCCGCCUGGUUUCAAGCAAGAACCCCAAAUGAUGAAUGCAAAGUAUGCUAUAAAUUCAAACGAAAUGAAUCGAAACUACGGGUUCCCACAGUCUCAGAACGACAUACUUCUGUGGCUCUUCAUGGAGUCUCCGGAUAUGCCCAAAAGCGCACCGAGAACGGGAGUACCAUCUCAUGCCUCUUCUCUCACUUUGGAUUCGGAUGCUCGUGCUGCUAACCUUAACCAUCACCAAUUCACUGCACCAGGACAGACUUUCGACAAUGAGAAAUCCUUCUAUGAGCCAGAAGUAGGGUUGCUAACUCCUUUCUACAACAAUCCUCCGGAGCUCAAUGUGGGACUUCAGGACCUCAAUUUUUUCCUGAAUAAUGAUAAUCCCUUGGACGAGGUGUUCUUCAGAUCACAAAUGGAUCCCAACCUUCAUAUUUUAAGGGACAAGCCCAUCGGGACGGGUAUAAACAUGUACCUGUCUACAGCUUCGUCGAGUUCUCCGUCAAAUACUAACGAUUCCGUCACUCCCAAAGGAUUGGAUCUCACUCUUCAGUCGUCUGAGUUGGAGCCAAUUAAGAAAAGGUUGGAAGCACACACAAGAGCAAAUAGGCCAACCAACAAGCAAUUCUUUUUGGACUCUCAAAUUCUAGAGAGUCUUCUUCAAGCGCUUCCUCAAAUCACCAGAGAACAGUUGAAUGAGAUCUUCGAUAUUGAAAAUCAGAAAGUACGGUUGGAAGAUAUGCUUUCGUUCUAUAUUUACGGCUACUGGGAAGCAUUCCAUACGCGAUUUUCAAUACUCCACAAACCUUCCUUUGAUACUUCAACUUGCGAACCGCUACUAUUACUUUCCAUGCUUUUAAUUGGAUGCAUGUACUGUGCUGAUUCUAUUGAAGAUGCAGAAAACCACAAAAUGUGUCCCGAGUAUAAAUUCUGUAUGUUGGUGGCUGUUCCUCUUCGCUUCACGAUAUUUCAACAUAAAGAUUUCAAGUCGCCUGUCAAAGUGUGGAUCCUACAAAGUUUGAACCUUCUAGAAUGGUGUGAGAAAAAUUAUCUUCUGAGAGCAAUGCACGAAAGGGCACAUAUCCAUCAUGGAACUACCGUUCAAUUGUUGCGAAGAUCACCUUUCCUCGGAGGUAAUCCCACUGUUGCUGAUAAAGCUGUUAAUUCAGCUAGUGAUACUGGUAACAGUGGAGGAGAGGAGGAGCAGUCUGACGUAGGAGGAAGCGAUAUCGAGGAGACCAGUAAUAAGGAUCAAAUUCUAUUCCACAAAUGGGUGGACUCAGAGUCUAUGAAGAGGGUUACCUUUAUGACCUUUUACUUGGAUGUAAUCGAUUACAUCAAGUUUAGACAUAACCCACAAAUCCCAUUUUUCCAACUUCAACUUCUCAACUUGCCUUGCGACGAAGAAGCAUUAUGGAAUGCUGAGGACAUGGGAUGUUCUUUCAAGAAGAUUGUGAAAAAACAGAAGAAAUUACAGAAAGGAAGCGGUCAUGGUAUGCGCAAGUUGAAAGAGCAAAAUCGGAUUCGUCCAGGCAUGAACUUCUUGAGUGCGUUGAAGAAGAUGAUGAGAUCUCAAAGAGUAAACAACGCCAACCAAAAGUUACCAAUGUUCACUAAGAGCAUCUUAUUUGGAGGGUUGGUCUCGAUCAUGCAACAAAUGCAACAGGCGGAGCUACAAAACAACUUCACUCUGCUCAUCUCAAAUGAAAGAUCAGACAAGCAGAAAAAUCAGGUGUGGAAAGACAUAUUGACGAAGGUUUUUGACACUUGGGAAGCCGAGAUGCAUUCUCAAGAAGUUCAAUUGACCCGCGAUCCUUUCUUUGGCAUCCAAAGGGGACAAUGCAAGUUUCCAAUGUAUCAUUUGGCACAAAUUGUGGGAAUGUCGGACGUGAAUCAUUACGACAUUGCAAUUUUUGGCGGCUCACCAGGAAACCAGAGUGUCGAUGCUACUGCCAAAGACAUGAGCAUUGUCCAAAGGAAGUUAACAUCUGUGUGGUCUCGAGGUUCUAAGAUCAGCACCGUCAAUGAUUUGGUUAAUUACAAGAGUGUAAUCCAUUGCUACUGGCUUUUGUGGAGUUUAAUGUUGGCACCAUUGGGUGAAGAUGGUAAUCCUAUCAAUGGACCAUUGACGUACGGGUGGAGAGUUGAUCACGAUUACUAUGAUGCCAUGUACGCGGUCAGCAUUGCAACUUUAGUGCUAUGGUGCUACACCUUCACGUCAAAUGGGACUGAAUCUGAGACGUUCAAAGAUCUCGAGGCCACGAUGCUGUUGAAAGAUAUAAGAGAUUACGAAAAGAUCCGGGUGCUAGCGCAGGAAGACUCGUAUACAUACCUUUUCAGGAUUCGUCAGGAAUUUACCCAGUUGUUACAAAAAGAAGGAUUGAUUGAAGACUAUCUCCUUCACAUUAUCACAGCUCGGAGCACGCAGAUUCCACUUUACACUGUGAUUGCUAAAUAUUGCGAACUUUUACCCAAAAUCACUAAUAAGCAGAAUAUUAGUGGGUUGUGCUUUUUGGUUGGAACGAAUCUUUUGAAGAGCCAAUGGCAGGUGAUUCGAGAGAACGCCAAGUUGAUCAUCAACUGUGGAUUGAGAUCUGUGGGUAAGAAAAACUUGCAUUGUCAGGACCUCUUCGACAAUGCUUUUAAUUGA